AUGUAAAAAUAUUGCCUGAUGAGCUUGUAAUUUUAGGUGUUGAAAUUAAAUAAGUAAUAUUAAAAAUAGGAACGCCUUUAUUCUUUUAUGAUUAAAAUAGUAACAAAAAUAAAAUUAGAAUUGUUGAGACUAUUGAAUUAAUCAUAAGAGAGUUUGAAAGAAGCCAAAGCUACUACAGGAGCAAUUGCCUUGAGAAUUGGAACAAAUUAAGCUAUAUAGACUGGAAAGCAAAUCACUUUAGAAACAAACUAACAAGUUUGGUAUUUAAUGAUUUCAUUUCCUUAGAUUACAAGAAGAGCUAUUUUAAUAUUAAAAGAGCAUUACAGAGAAGACAUAACUUUGGAUGACUGGUAAUUAAUAUAAGACUAAAAGUUAUUUUUAAACAUUGUUUGA